AUGGCAAAGAAAAAACUGAAAAAUAUGACGGAAGCUGAAAAGGCUGCACGUCUUGAACAACAGCGGCUGGCUGCUUUGGCGGCAGCUAAAAAGAAGGAGGAUCUUUUACACCUCAAACGUUGUACAUUAAAUAUGCGUGGCAUAUUGAUCUACCAAUGCCUCGCAUCUCGUUUAAAGGCUAUUGAAAACAAGCAUGCUCUGAGGAUGGUUCUUGAAAAAAAAGUGAAUAUUCUCUGGGCAGAGUUUACAACGUGCAAGGCAAAUUAUCUUAAAGCCACAGAGGAACGCCGCGCCUUCUAUGAAGAAUUAAAGAGCCGUAAUGAACAAGCGGAAAAGGAUAUCGAAUACCAGAUGAUACAUUUGAACAACGUCAGUAGUAGAAUUGUCACAGAGAAGUCACGGCUUGCCAAGGUACAGGAGGAAUACAAGGAGAAAAAUCGACUGCUCUGUGAAGAGCGCGAUCGUUUACGUGCGCAUUUCCUCAAUUUGAAGAGGCAAAUUAACCAACUCCAUGACCGCCAAUUUGUGAAGCUUACAAAUUUGGCAAACAUCAGUAGUUCGGUACGCAAAGCAGUCGCUGAAAUGGUGCGACAGGCUAAUAUCAUCAUUGGACUUGGUGAGCAAUGUCGUUGCUUAGAAACGGAGGAGGAAAAAGUGCUACCUUUUUAUACCUCAUGUUUAACACAAGAGGAAGAAAAAGAACUAUCAGAGGCGUAUAACAAUGAAGAAGACUUAGAUAUCAAGGCGCUGCUAAAGCGAUACGAACCACUUGAAAUAUUUUGGCGCCGUUUCAGCAAAGCGCAACUAGACAGCUUGGUACUACUGAGAGAACGCAAAUCAUUGGAAAAAGAGAAUUGUACCUUGAGGUCUCUAAUCAGCCAGUACCUGGAAAACAUGUCCAUCAGUGAUAAGGUCAUGUCACAACCCAAUAGUCUUCUCAUUAUCAAUGGUGUACAUAAUCUCACGGUGGAUCCAGCUUUAAAGGAUGGCAAGAAACGCCCAGUAGCUACGAUCAAACUGGAGGGUGCCCACAUGUACAGUGACGGGGUUACUUCAAGCGUGAAAUAA